AUGAACCUCAAAGGCACGGAGCUAGUACUACACUCAGACUCUGGAUUUUCAAAUAGCCAGCUUGCUCUUCAGUGGCUAGAGCAUUUUGCAAAGCAUACAGCUUCGGAGGAUACGAAGGUUCUACUACUCGACUCUCAUCUCAAAAGAGCUGAGGUUGAGGCCCGGAGGGCAGAGCGCCUCCGGAAAAAGAGGGUAAAAGCUCUUCUUCGAGCUGGCAACCCAAUUCCUCUAGAGGAUCGGGACCCAAUUCGGGACCUAGAAGCUGCUGAGAGUGGGUGCGGGAGCGAGAGCGGGAGUGAGCGUGGGCGUGGGCGUGAGUGUGGGAGUGAGCGUGGGAGUGAUGAACAUGGCUCCUCCCACCGACCCGUCCGCACCGGCAGACACCUCUGGCGCCUCGCCCUUGCCCGCCGACUCCUCGAAUCCCGUCUCCGCGGCCCCAAUCAGCGAGAGACUGUCCUCUGUGCGCUCUAUUUCCGAUCCUCCGCGCCAUCAAUCGACUAUGUCGUCCUCGUCAAACCUAAUCGGCGUGUUGAACAAUGCCAGGAGACCUGCGGUGCGCUCGUCGAUACCGGCGAGCUCGGUGGCUUCGGGGGCGGCUUGCCGCAGGAUAUGCAGGCGAAGAUGAGGGCUUUCCAUUUGUCGCGCCAGGGUACGCCGCCUGGUGGACGACCGUCGGCUUCACCGGCCGACGAGAAUGGCGGUAACAUGGCAGGAGGUCUGCGGUUACCAAUGGGUAAUAGGCCACAACUACCGCAGGGGCUUGUCUCGGCGCCUGCUGUUCCACGACAGGGCGGCAAACCGUCGCUGAGCGAGCGCAGAAACAUGCCGAAGUUAGGUGGAUUACCAGGAAGUCCUGCGGCUCCCGCAGCGAGCCCUUCUUUGAGCCUGAACGGCAGCGCAAACCCGGCGGCGAAUAACACUGAUAGGGGGUCGAUGUUCAACAAGUUCUCCAACUAUGUGGAUACGGAGAAGGGAACGCUUCGCUUUGCGGGGAAGGCUGUUAUCCAUGGUCAGGGCAUUGAUUUCUCGAGCGGUAAUAAUUUCAGUAUAUCCCUGGAUGAGGUAGAUACGCUCGAGGAGCUGGGAAAGGGCAACUACGGCACAGUCUACAAGGUGCGCCACGCGCGGCCACGGCAGCAAAGGCUUGGACUGGGUCUUCAGGUUCGCUCCUUGGCACCCAAUGCCUCGAUAGGGGACAAUGGCGAUUCCAGCGACACGCCUCUGGCCAAGAAUUCCACGGGUGUCAUCAUGGCAAUGAAAGAAAUCCGUCUCGAGCUCGACGAAGCCAAAUUCGCCGCCAUCAUCAUGGAACUCGACAUCCUCCACCGCUGC